AUGUUAAGCCAUAAGCAUGAGGAUUUGUGCUCCCAAUCAGAACAUGAAAAAUAUGAGUUGGAAAAGACUUUUAUACGGCUACAAAAUAAGCUUGAUGAAACAAACAUUUUGAGAGAGAAAGACCAAGAAUUGUGUAAUGUGCUAAGAGAAGAGAAUAAUUGGUUAGGAAAUAAGUUGAAAGACUGCAAUGAUACGAUUGCGGAAUUAAAUAAAAAUAUUGAAGAAGACGAGAGGUUGUGGGUUACUAAUAAGUCUGAUUUGGAAAGAAAAGUUGCAGGUCUGCAGUCUGAGAAAGGGGUAUUGAGCAAGGAAUAUAAACUUCUGUGGGCCCAUUUAACAGAUGAAAAAGAUGAGUUGGAAAACAAACUGAGAGAAUGCAAAGAUAGGAAUAUGGAAUUGCAUGCACAGAUGAGAGAAGAUUGCCGCUUGUGGGAAGCUUGUAAGGCAAACUUCGAAGACUCUGUUGCAGGUUUACAAAAUAAGCUCGAUUUGAUGACUAAUGAAGGAAUGAUUUUGAGCCAAGAAUAUGUAGAACUGUGCAUUGAAUGCGAAUUUUUGAAGGCACAGCUGGGAGAUUAUAAUGAUAUACUAAGCUCUAUGGAAGAUGAAACAAGGAGUCUAAUCUCUCUCUCAGAGAGCACUGCAAACACAGUGGAGGCCUUGCAAACUCAAGUGCGAAUGAUCACCCAUGAACAUACACAUUUGAGCAUGAAAUAUGAAGAACUUACAAAUGAAAAUGAAUCUCAGAAAUUGAAAUUGGAAAAUUAUAACCAUAGGCUUGAUUCAGUGAAAAAUGAGAGGAACUCACUUAGAUCUGCGUCAGAAAGUAGGGAGGAGGCUUUGCUCCAAGAAAAUGGUUCAUUGAAACAACAAGUCCAUGAGCUUCAAAGCAAGUUGGGUAUGUGGGAUAAUGAUUACAAACAAGUUCCCACUGAUGAUAUGCUCGAUUCAGAAACAGAGGAGAGGCAAUUACUCACAUCUCUAUCAGAAACCAGUGAUAAAGUGAUGGAAGAUCCGGUUAUAGAGAACAGAACAGUGAAACGAGAAGCCCUUCAACUUUAUCAAGAAAACCAACAAUUACAAAAGGACAUAUCUAGUAAAAAGUCAUUAAUUCAAACAAAAGAUGGAAAUAUUACAGAAUUGAAUGCAAAAAAGAUUAAACUUAAGAAUGCUGUCGAAGUGUUGGAAGAGAUUGGAAGAAAAAAUACCCAAGUACUGAAAGAAUAUGGAGGUAUAAGGGAAGAGCAAGUGACGAGAAAGGAAAGUGAGGAGAAAAGGAAGGAGGGCAGUGGGAGGGUUUCACAUCGAAACCAAACAGCCUUUAUUGGUAAUUUGAUGUCUUGCAUUCUUCUAGAUAUUGAGAAGUCUGACGUAAGCAGAUGCUUGUCAACUGCCACAAAAAAUAUCAUUCUUCCUUCUGAUGCACUACUUUGUGGAUGUCCUUAUGGCUGGUUUGGUGGGAUAGUAUAA